AUGUUAGCUAUUGAUAAUUCACCUUCAAAUCAUACUACUCAUCAUUCCAGUUAUACUCAAGUGGAAGAUUUUUCCACUGAAGUAAUAUCACUUGCUAAUAGUGAAAUGACUAUUGAAAGUAGAUAUCAACCAACACCAACAACAACAACAACAACAACAACAACAACAAAUAUAGCUCCACAGUUGCAAGAACAACAAGAACACACACCUCUUAUUUCAAAUCCUUCUUCCCAAUUUCAAACAAAAUUCCAACCACAACCACAACCACAACCACAACCACUACAACAACAGAAAGUAUCAUCAUCAACAUCAGCUCUUAAAAAGGCAUCAUCUCUUUUCAAACUAAAUACAAACUCACAAUCACGUAAUAAAAAGCAUAUCAAUAAUCAACAACCACAACCACAACCACAACCACAACUACAACCACAACCACAACUACAUUCACAAUCACAACAUUCACCUACAUCUCCAAGAACUUUAGCUAGUAUUACUUCCCGACAAUCAACACCAACACCUUCAAACUCCUCAUCUCGUCCAAACUUGAAAAGUUUACUACGAAUUGGUUCAUUUUCCAAUAAUCAACCUCAUAUUCAUUCUACCAAUCCUCAUGUCAAAAAUCCUUCCAUAACAGCUCUUGAAGGAGAAAUUGAAGUUAAAAUUGAUGAAGAAGGAGAGGAGGAGGAAGAGGAAGAAGAGGAAGAAGAGGAAGAAGAAGAUGAUGAAAUUGCUUAUUUAUCUGAUCUGGAAUCUGAUCUUAAUUAUGAUCCUAAAUCUGAAGAAUCACAUGAAGAUUAUCGAACUGGUGGUUAUCAUCCUGUUUCUAAAGGAGAAAUUUAUUAUUCGAAAAAAAUACCUAAUCGAGAAUAUAUUAUUUUACGUAAAUUAGGUUGGGGACAUUUUUCUACGGUUUGGUUAGCUAAAUCAAGAUAUAAUGGUACUUUAUUACUGAAUGAUUUAGAAUCAUCAUCAAUAUCAGUACCAGUACCAGAUACUGAUGAAUAUUAUGUGGCGAUUAAAUUUGUUAAAUCAAAUAAAAAUUAUAUUGAAGCGGCAAGAGAUGAAAUUAAAAUUAUGAAUAUAUUAAAUGAUCCAAUUCAUAAUAAUCAUCAUAUCCCAAAUAAAAAUAUUUUAUAUUUUAAAAAUGAUAAUAAAUCACAUCCUGGUUAUAAUCAUGUAAUGCAAUUGAAAGAUGAUUUUGAAAUUUCUGGACCUAAUGGAAUUCAUAUAUGUAUGGUGUUUGAAAUUUUGGGUGAAAAUGUUUUAAAUUUAAUUUAUCGUUAUAAAAGAUUAUAUCGUAAUAUCAAUUCUGAAAUUAAACGUAAAGAAAGUGCUGAAGAAAGUGAUGGAAGCCAACAACAACAACAACAACAACAACAACAACAACAGCAAAUGAAAUUUAGUAAAUGGGAUACUAAAAAUUGGAAGAAAAGUACUAAAUCAAUGCUUAGUUUAGGUCUUCACAAUAAGAAAGAUACCCAUAAGAAUAAUGACAAUAACAAUAAUGAUACAAGUAAUAAUAAUAAUAAUAAUAAUAAUAAUAAUAAUAAUAAUAAUAAUAAUAAUAAUAAUUUCACAAUAAAUAACAAUAACAAUAACAAUGGUACUGGACAAACAUCAAUAACUACUGCAUCAUCAUCAUCAUUAAAUUCAAAUCCUCAAGAAGAUUUUUUAAUUGAAUCUUCAAUAUCAAAUCAAGAUAAUGAAUCAACUACAACUGUAGAUUCAUGGGAAGAUGAUUUAGAUAAAAAAAUCAAAUCAUUAAAUUCUCAAUCAUUAAUGAAAUUAAUUGAAACUUCAAAAACUGUUGGAGGAAUUCCAUUACAUAUUGUUAAACAAAUUGUUAAACAAAUGUUAUUAGCUAUUGAUUAUAUGCAUCAUUGUGGAGUUAUUCAUACUGAUUUAAAACCAGAAAAUAUUUUAAUUGAUAUUAAAGAUAUAAAUAAAUUAAUUCGUACUAUUGAAGAUGAAAAAUUAUCUAAAUUUAGAGCUAGUUUAUCAAGUAGAAAAGCAUCAUUAAUGAGUACAUGUUCAAGAACCACAACUGCAACCACAACUGCAACCACCACCACCACAACAACAACAACUAGAAGAAGAAGAAGAAGUCUGAGUAAACAAAUAAAUCAACAUUAUCAUAAUCAACAACAACAACAACAACAACAACAACAACAACAAAAAUCUAAUUGUUGUUCAUCUUCAUGUCAUAUAAGAACAUUAUCAACAACUUCAAAUAGUUCACAACAAUCAUCAUAUUUUUAUAAAAAACUGAAAAAUUCAAUUGUUGGUAAAUAUGAAUCACCAAUUAGAUGUUCUAAACCAUUAAGUUCAUCAAUAUCAUCUGAUUCAAUAUUUAAAGAUGUAAAUUUUAAUUGUUGUGAAUCUAAACCAAGGAAAAAAUCUAUUUCUAAAGCCAUUAGUCCAAGAAAUUUUUCAUUCUUUGAUUAUAACAACAACAAAAAAGAUCAAGAUCAAAAUCAAGAAUUAAUUGAUGAUAAUACUAAUAAUAUAUCGAUUAAAAUUGCUGAUUUAGGUAAUGCAACAUUUGUUGAUGAACAUUUUACUAAUCAAAUACAAACUAGACAAUAUCGAUCACCAGAAAUCAUUUUAAAAUAUAAAUCUUGGGGGUCACUGACUGAUUUAUGGUCAAUUGGUUGUAUAAUAUUUGAAUUAAUUACUGGAGAUUUUUUAUUUGAUCCUCAUGAUGGGAAAUUUUUUGAUAAAGAUGAAGAUCAUUUAGCUCAAAUUGUUGAAUUAUUAGGUGAAUUUCCUAAUGAUAAUUAUUUAUUAAAUUGUAAAUUAACUGGGAAAUUUUUUAAAUUAAAUCAACUGAAAAUUAUUUUUAAAAAUAUUGAUCAAUUGAAAAUUUGGAAAUUAAAAGAUGUUUUAAUUGAAAAAUAUAAAUUUAAUAAAAAUGAUUAUGAAGUUGAUUUAAUUUGUGAUUUGAUUUUAAAAUGUUUAAAAUAUGAUUUAAAUGAAAGAUAUGAUGCUAAUUCUUUAUUAAAACAUCCUUGGUUUAAUAAUAGUACUACUACUACUACUACUACUAGUGGUGGUGGUGGUGGUGUUGGUGUUGGAUUGGAAAAUAUAUUGAAGAAUUUACCAAAUUGUCAUGAUGAUUUACCAGGUUAUACUUGUGAAUGUAAAAUAUAA